AUGCUGACUUUGUGUUUCUCUGUAUCUCUGCUUUCAUACAGCAACUAUGUUAUGAUGAUGGAUGAAGGAAAUCAUACCCUCAUUGCUGAAUUUGUUCUCUCAGGAUUCUCAGAGCAGCUGAAUGUCCAGGUCAUCCUCUUUAUAGUGUUUUUAAUCGUCUAUAUGCUCACUCUGUUAGGGAAUCUGGGGAUGAUUGUGUUAAUCCGAAUGGAUUCCCGGCUUCACACCCCAAUGUACUUCUUCCUAAGCAGCUUAUCCUUCUUAGACAUCUGCUAUUCUUCCUCAGUCACGCCCAGAUUGCUCAAAGAUCUUGUAGCAAAGAGGAAAGUCAUUUCUUACUCUGCAUGUCUUACACAAUUUGAUUUCUAUGCUACCUUUGCCACCACUGAAUGUUACCUCCUGGCUGCUAUGGCAUAUGAUCGUUACAUGGCUAUCUGUAGCCCGUUGCUCUAUACAAUCUCUAUGUCCAGCAGAGUUUGUGCCCUGCUGGUAGCUGGCUCAUAUAUUGCUGGGAUUGUGAAUGCCACUAUCCAUACAGGGUUUGCAUUUCGACUGUCCUUCUGUGGUCCCAACGUCAUCAAUCAUUUUUAUUGUGAGGGGCCCCCACUUUAUGCCAUUUCUUGCACGGACCCAACCAUCAAUGAGGUUAUGAUGUUUGUUGUGGUGGGCUUCAAUUUGUUGAUAACCAACCUGACCGUUCUUCUCUCCUACACUUACAUCCUGGCCACCAUCCUGAGAAUGCACUCGGCUGCGGGCAGGUACAAAACCUUAUCCACAUGUGCUUCCCACCUGACAGCUGUGACUCUCUUCUAUGGAUCUGCUGCGUCUACGUACUCACGGCCUAGUUCCAGGCAUUCCCAGAACCUCGACAAAGUGAUCUCUGUGUUUUACACCGUGCUGACCCCCAUGCUGAACCCCGUCAUCUACAGCCUGAGGAACAAGGAGGUGAAGGGUGCCCUCGGGAGAGUGAUAGAUAGGAAACAUUCAUCUGAAAGAUAA